CAAUAUGCCUUAUCUGAUAAAGUAUGGAUAAAAUAGUAUAGUUUGUGGUAUUUCUGCAGAGGUUAAAAUUGUGAGAGAUAUUGAAAUUAUAUUAUUUAAAUAAAAGUAACUGUACAAUGGUAUUUUGCAUAUUCUGAUAUCUGUUAAACUGUUAUUAAAUUUUGAUUUAUCAAGUAUUCUAUUGCACUAACAUAAAUGGAAUAUGAUUUAGUGCAUAUUAUAGGAUUCAUACAUCUCAUAUAUGCAAUUUAUGGAUUUUAUAUUACAAUAACAGAUAUAGCAGCCGAUGAGUAUCCAGUUAGCAUUGACGAAAUUUACUACACGAUUUUUCAUUUUACAACCCACAUAAUCUUAGUUUUCUGUUUACAACUAGGAAAUUCAAAGAAAAAAUAUAUAUACUUCUUACCUUGGCUAACUGUUUUCCUUUUUAUCUUUACUAUAAUGACUUAUUUAUGGAUGAAUUCGUUAUAUGAAUCAGUAAAUAGAAGUCUGGAAAUAUUUAUUAGCAACAUAGCUUUCUUAGGUGUAUGUUGGUCAUCGUGGAUUAUAGUUUUUCGUAAAUUUCAUUUAUUAAGAAAAAGAAGUCGAUUGCAGUGGAGGGAGAAAAGAGAAAAUUUUGAGUGGGGAAUUAUGAAGGGUCGUUGUGUCAAUAUCUAUAGGACUAUUUAGGCCACAGUUGGUAUGGGAAUUGUAUAUAUAGAUUGGUUACAUCUGGUUAUGAGAAAAAAAAUACCUCUUAACAAGUUGAUAUUUAACUGAUGAUAAAAUAUAUUAUUAUUUUCGAUAAUAAAAAAUAUAACAUAACAAUUUAUUAAAAUACCAAACUACAAACUUCAAAACUAUAUAAUUUAUAGAUUGUCUUGAAAACAUAUUAAGUUAUUUUUUUUAUUAUUCUUUGCAUAAAGGUUCAUCGCAAAUAUAUGAUAUAAAAUUUUAUGUUAUUUUCUAUUAUAUUACUCUUUAUUUAUUCUGUGUUUGUUGUUCAUUUAGUUGUACCCUUUCUAUGUAUAUUUAAGUAUACAGGGUGUAUACAACGAGAACUACCAAUUAAAAAUAUUUUCAAUAUGGCGGCACUUCCGGAAAUUGACAGCAAGAUUUCUCUAGAAACUUCUAAUGCAAGAUCAGCCUCUGGGACACUCUGUAUUAACUUACUACAGUCUAUUAUUUGUAUCCAAUUGCCAAAGUAGUGGCAAUUGGUAUAUUUACUUCAUUCUGUAAUGUCUAGCCUGGCAAUUUCAUCAUUAUAAAUUAUCCUUUUUCCUAAUUUAAAAUACGUUGAGUUUAACAAUAAUGUUUUAAAUGUUACGCCGCGCCGUGUCCAGACCAAGUAGACAAAACAACGACAAGACAGAAACAUUCAUAUUUUACGACAAAAUUGCGACAAAUCCAAUACAUUACUGUGACAUAUUUGUCUCAUUUUUGUUUUAUUGUUUCAAAAUUCGGAGACUUUUCAAUGUCCUGU